GGGGUCGAUGUGUCUGCGCUUCUUCUUCCUGUCAUUCAAAGCUGCUCAGCGUCCUGUCACUCCUUCAAACGACGACGACAACUCUUUUUCUUUUUCAAUCGCCAUUGUUAUCGCGGCCUUAAUCACCAGGCACACCUCCUUUGUCCCUUUGACUGAGUCAACGAAUCAGCCUCAUCUACCGAUUUCGCGCCCAUCCCGGCAACCUCCAAACCGAUCACAACGACCGACGUCCCCGCCCCGGAGGAGAAUUGACUAUCUCACCAGACAUUCGCGCAACACUGAGGGCCAACAAGGCCAUUGGCGAGAGUAGAGAGUGGUCGAUUGUCGCCAAUUUCUUCUGCGCACUUUCAUGUCCCAUACCGCGCGACCCGCGGCGAUUCCACCCUCACCCACUUCUCCGCCUGAAUCAGGUCUCAAGCGUCGGCGCCUCUCUGACAUCCUACCGCAAUCCCCAAUUUCUCCUUCGUUGAUGUCAGUCGCUACAAAGAGCUAUGCACCGCCUUAUGGACACAGCCAACAUACCGACGAGGCUUCGGGUCACUCGUCUCCGCCCUCACCAAGGAGUGCGGCAUCACACUCACAACAAGCCUCUUCUCGCAUGACACAAUCUUUGCCGACUCCAGCCCAUAGCGUGACAGGAAUCCCGGGUCUGGAUAUGGCUGAUGACAUUGAUCGGCACCGCGAUAAGCGACCCCGACUAGAUAAUAGCAGAGAUGCUCAUCGAAUAGACGGAGAAUCUUUUCCAAAUGCCACGAACCACGAUCGGCAAGAUUCUAUGGACGUGGACGUCGAUGAAGACAAGGAUGCCCAGGUUGUAAAGCCUGCUGGUGGAUCUUCAGCGGAUGAGAUAACUCUGGAACAGGUGCAGGAAGACAUGGGUGAACCAUUCCUUCUCUGUCGAUCCAAAGUUGAACGCCAAAGACCGAAUCCGCAACAACAUCUCCUUGCAUUAUAUGGUUUAGGCCCGCUGUUGCGAACUGUCGCCCGGACAGAUCCUCGGACAGGAGAGAAGAUCAACAAAUUGCGGAAGUCUUAUGAAGGACAGAUCAAAAGUUUUGGUUUGGCGGGUCGCAACAAGCCUGUCAAAGGAGAGCGCAAUGUCGAGGAAGAUCAACCCGGACCACUGCGACGAAUGGCUGGCUCAUCAGCGUGGGGGUUGCAACCCGAAGAACAAUGGAACGCAGAGCAUGGAACGUCCAAGAUUGGGGUCACCCCAGAUUUCCGAGUGAAGCUAAAACAGGCAAUGCAAAUGCAGCCAGGAAAUGUUAGGAACAAUGCGCACUGGGAAGACGUCCUCGGAUUCGACAAGCCAAAACCCAACACGCUACCCACGCAACAGAAAUCACACCCUCCGACCCCGGUACAUGUAGCAAAUGGGAUUCCUCGACAGUCAGCACAGCCGACAGCAGAAGCAAAGAGGCAAACCCGUGGCAAAAAACGGAGUUAUGGCGAUGAUAGUUUUGUGGGAUACGGAGAAGGCUUUUCAGACCAGGACGACGCGGUGGACGGAGAUGAGUAUGGUGGCCAAAGAAAACGCAAGAAGGUGAUGAUGAUGAGGGCUUCCUAACAAGACUGCGUCUGCUGACAUCGUACAGGAUCCGAUUGGCACCCCAGCAGCUUAUGGUCAGUAUCAAGGGCGUUAGAAACGCUCGGGUGCAAAGACCAAGCUACAGAGGAAGAAGAAGUGAAAUCAACGGCGGCUCUACCCAAUACGUGAUACAUGCUUUUUACUGCGCGCGAACCAGACUUCUCGACGAUACCCUAAUGACGGUUGGAUAGAUUGGACCGAGAGAGACAGGCUGGUGAUGAUCGGGGAUGGCCUGGACUCUGGAGCAAAUGGAAGGGCGUUGAUUGUGAAUUUUCGUUUAUUGCCAACAAUGAAGUGUUGUCCGGAUUGGCGAUGCUGUUGCUAGGGGCAUGACUCGACGGAGGGAGUCCAGUGGAUUAAAGAUAUUGGUCAUGCAUCAAAACAGCGAGAGCAUUGAAGCCUUCUACAGGGAAUAAAAGUGACGGAGGGUUUCUCAAGAUUGAGGUCGAGAUUGACAUCCCCCAAUUCAUGCCUAUUGAGUGAUUGUUUUUGAUGUUGUUUCCCGUAUGGUGGACGACGACACAAGGAACGAGUUGGAGUUUGCUACGCCUUACAAUCGCCACGCCCUUCGGCCUGGGCACUUCGAGUGACAGCAUCUUGCCAAAGAAAGGGCGCGAGAGGGGGCCAUGUAUGAGAUAAUGAAUAAAAAGACAUCCAUUUCAGACAAGAUAACUGUACUAUAUAAAACUGUUG